AUGGCGAAAUUCGACUUAACGUCUCGCAUAGGUCAAUACUUGGACCGCCACUUGGUGUUUCCUCUGCUGGAAUUUCUGUCGGCGAAGCAGAUUUACGACGAGGAUGAGCUGUUACAUGCGAAACUCGACAUUCUCAGCAAGACGAAUAUGAUUGACUACACCAUCGACAUCAGGAAACAGCUUUAUCCCAAUGUAGAAGUACCGGAGGAAAUAAAAUCCAGACGUGCUGAUGUAUUACAAGAGCUUGGUGUACUCCAAAAUAAUGUUUCAGUAGUGCUUGCUCUUAUGAAUAAUGAGGAAGUUAUGAAGAAAAUGGAAAACAUGCGUGAUUCAAAAGCGCUUAAUAAUUAUCUUACUCAAGAAUCAGAUUUUAGGGUAGAAAUGAUGGACAGCUUUGUGAAGCUGGCAAAGUAUCGCUAUGAAUGUGGUAAUUAUUCUGUUUCUACAUCAUAUUUAUAUUUCUAUAUGCUGAUUAUGCCCCCUACUGAUAAGAACUAUUUAAAUGUUUUAUGGGGAAAAUUGGCAUCAGAGAUUCUUGUACAAAAUUGGGAAACAGCAUUGGAGGACGUGAAUAAGUUGCGAGAAUAUAUUGACAGUAAUGUUAUUGGCAAUUCGCUGCAAGUAUUACAGCAACGCACAUGGCUCAUUCACUGGAGUUUAUUUGUGUUCUUUAAUCAUGUAAAGGGAAGAGAUCUCAUUAUUGAGAUGUUCCUCUAUCGGCCACAUUAUUUAAAUGCUAUUCAAACAAUGUGCCCGCAUAUACUUCGUUACUUGGCUGCAGCAGUUAUUGUCAAUCGUUCUAGGCGGUCUAUUCUGAAGGAUCUCGUAAAAGUAAUACAACAGGAAUCUUAUACCUAUCGAGAUCCCAUCACAGAAUUUUUGGAACAUUUGUAUGUUAAUUUUGACUUUGAUGGAGCUCGACAGAAGUUGCAAGAGUGCCAGACUGUCGUCUUUAACGAUUUCUUUCUAAUCGCUCUAUUGAAUGAAUUUGUGGAAAAUGCACGGUUGAUGAUUUUCGAAACAUUCUGCAGAAUUCAUCAAUGCAUUAGUAUCCAGAUGCUUGCGGAGAAACUAAAUAUGAAGGCGGAUGUUGCGGAGUGCUGGAUUGUGAACUUAAUUCGCAAUGCACGUUUAGAUGCCAAGAUUGACAGCAAGUUGGGACAUGUAGUAAUGGGAGGACAGCCAGCGUCUCCAUAUCAACAAUUGGUUGAGAAGAUCGAGACAUUGAGUGUACGAAGCGAGGCAUUAGAGAAUCUAAUUGAGAGAAAACUAAAAGCGAAAAAUCAAGAUCCAGUAAGUAUAGUGUGGAACUAACAGAGUAUCACUCGUGGAACUUGGAUUUCUGACAACUCGAUACAACGUGGAGGAAUAGUGCCCAAAAAAGAUAUUCCACCUCUGAUUAUUAACAGUAAUCAGGCUUCCAAAUGUAAAGAAAUACUGCAUAAGUGACAUCAUGAAUCAGAUGUACUUAUUUUUAUUCGCUGUCAGUAUCUUGGAAUUGUCAAACUAUACUAUAAUAAAUAAUGAGCAACCAAUAACAUUUUAUAAGAGAAAACUUCGCAUUUAUUUAUUGUACACUACCGUUUCCGGACAUUGCCGUUUCUCAUUAUUUUAGGUAUAUUUAAAUAAAUAGGUAUUUGAUUAUAUUUCAAAAACAAUGAUUUACGAAUUACGAUUGUAUUAGUUUUGCAGUAUGAUAAAAUCUUUGAUUUAGUUUACAAUCAGUGCUACGGUACAAUAAGUUCAACGAUUUAAAGCAUCAAAAAUUUUACUACGAUGUAUG